GACAGGCCGUCCUCAUCAGGCAAUGCUUGAGGCGGCCCGGUGGCGGGGAGGACCCCGGCCCUAAGAUGGCGGCGCCCAGCGGAGCCACGGCCUCGGGUGAAGGCGACGGCGGCUUCGGGCCGUGGCUGGAUGGACGGCUGGAGGCGCUGGGGGUGGAUUGGGCCGUGUACGGUGCCUAUAUCCGUGGCGUCCUGCAGGAGGAUGACGAGGAGGAGAGGCUGGACGCGUUACAGGGCAUCCUGGCCGCCUUCUUGGAAGAAGAUUCACUCCUCGAUAUCUGCAAGGAGAUUGUUGAGCGGUGGUCAGAAACCCAGAAUGUUGUCACCAAAGAGAAAAAAGAAGAUGAGGUACAAGCCAUUGCCACCCUUAUUGAGAAGCAGGCACAGAUUGUGGUGAAGCCCAAGAUGGUGUCAGAGGAGGAGAAGCAACGGAAAGCUGCCCUAUUGGCCCAGUAUGCUAAUGUGACAGAUGAGGAAGAUGAAGCAGAUGAGAAGGAUGGUUCAGUUUCUACAACAAUGAACAUUGGGACCGAAAAAUCUCUCUUCCGAAACACCAAUGUAGAAGAUGUUCUGAAUGCUCGAAAAUUGGAGAGAGAUUCACUACGGGAUGAGUCUCAGAGGAAGAAGGAACAAGACAAAUUGCAAAGGGAGAAAGACAAGCUGGCCAAACAGGAACGAAAGGAGAAGGAAAAGAAAAGGACACAGAAAGGGGAACGCAAACGGUAACGUCUGGAUCCUGUCUUCCUCCCCAAGGAUUUGAUCAAAGGAAGAAACUGGGUCUUGCAUAUGGUGUGUAUUUUGGAGAAAUAAGUCCUGAUGGUUUCCCUAAUGCAUUUCCUCUCUUGUUUACACAGCUAAAAGAAAAAUCACAAAUGUUUAAUUACAAAAUGUGCCAUGUGAUUUGUGGUGUGGGUAACUUUGGAUUGAUGUAGCCAAUUCUGUACCAAAGAUCAGAGAAGGCGUGACUUAUUUUCAGCAAAUCAAUUCUUGUGAUCCUUUUAUUAAUCACUUAAAAAUGUUGGUCUUCCUCUUCUUGGCCAGAAAACUAGCUUUGUAACUUUUAAACCUGGAGUAUGUAGGAUUGGAAUGGAUACUACUCUCCCUGACAGAAUGUAGAGUGGAAGUGUAUUUUGAGAUAGCAGUUAGUUUUAAAAUGUGGUGGUUUUUAUUUCUAUCAAGAUAAUAUAGGAAGCUAAAUCCAGAUUUUAUUUUUUUAAUUAUAGGAGCAGAAGCUGCUAAAGCCUAGGGAAGUGGAGGUAGUUGUGGAUGUUUAAAAAACAAACAAAAAAUAGUAUGACUAUCACAUCAGUGCAAAGCUAAACACGUAGCUAUGAUUUUAUAGCUAUAACCAUGAUUUGACUAAUGUGACAGUAGACAGUUUAGUACCAUUCCUACACCUUAACACAUCUAAAUAUAAAUAAAAACUUCUAAUGGUUCCUAGUUUAAAAGAAGAAGGGUAGAAUAGUGGAGUGGAUAGAAAAGUCAUCUCCCUAAAGAAAAAGGCAACACUAGGAAUCUCUAGCAACACUGGGUAUCCAACAAUGAGGUCAGCCUCUCAGCCUGGUCCACCUUCUCAUUCUUCAAGUAGCACUGGGGAGAAGGAAGCCACUGGCUAUUCAUCCAAAUUUGGAUUCUGGGAAGAUAUUGAUGCCUGCAUUAUUGUUAAGUCCAUUUGGAUGGACCAGAUGCCCGCAGAAGUUCUCCAUCUUUGCUUGCUUCAGUGGCUAGAUUUAGUUGCAAGUAACUUCUCUUUGAUUGUAAACAACUACUGACUGUAAAAUAACCCAGAGAAGGCACUUUCACUGAAUAACACACUGAAGAGAUAUCAGUUUCAUAUGAUUACAUGGGAGUAACAGACCGUUUUAACUUGUAUGCAGAUUAUUACAAUGAUGCUUGGCUAAGGAAAGGUUUUUCUCUCUCUCUUUCAAAUAUUCCUGAGCCAUAGCAUUUCAAAAAUGUAAAUGUUCACAUUUUCCACUUUUUUUUUCAAAUAAACUUCUGAUAUUUAAAUCACCA